ACCGGCUUCAGUCAGUCAGUGAGAGACAGCGCGCGGUGUGUCCGGGCCGGGAGGAUGAACUGAGCUCUCACACUGCGCCUCUCUCCGGGUUAUAUCAGAUCAGGGCCGCGGGCUCCGGGUUCAGGCUGUGAACAUGUCGGUGGUCGGGUUCGACGUGGGUUUUAUGAACUGCUACAUCGCAGUGGCGCGAGCCGGCGGCAUUGAGACGGUGGCGAACGAGUACAGCGACCGGUGCACGCCAGCAUGUGUGUCUUUCGGACCACGAAACCGCUCAAUUGGUGCAGCCGCAAAAAGCCAGGUGGUCACUAAUUGCAAGAACACCGUCCAGGGAUUCAAGCAUUUCCAUGGGCGAGCUUUCACAGACCCGUUUGUUCAGAGCGUGAAAUCCAGCCUUGUUUAUGAGCUUUCACAGAUGCCCACCGGAACAACAGGAAUUAAGGUUAUGUACAUGGAGGAGGAGAAGGUGUUUAGCAUUGAGCAGAUCACAGCAAUGCUUCUCACCAAGCUGAAGGAGACUGCAGAAAGUGCUCUGAAGAAGCCUGUGGCUGACUGUGUUAUAUCUGUUCCUUCCUUCUACACUGAUGCUGAGAGGAGGUCAGUAGUGGAUGCAGCUCAGAUCGCUGGACUCAACUGUCUGCGACUCAUGAAUGAAACUACUGCAGUGGCUCUGGCUUAUGGGAUUUAUAAACAGGACCUCCCAGCCCCCGAAGAGAAGCCCAAAGUAGUGGCGUUUGUGGAUCUUGGCCACUCAGGCUACCAGGUCUCUGUGUGUGCCUUCAACAAAGGCAAGCUCAAGGUUCUUGCUACAGCCUUUGACUCUCAUUUGGGAGGCAAAGACUUUGAUGAGGUCCUCGUAAACCAUUUCUGUGAGGAAUUUGGGAAGAAGUAUAAGCUGGAUGUGAAGUCCAAGCCAAGGGCUCUGGUUCGUCUUUACCAGGAGUGCGAGAAACUCAAAAAACUCAUGAGUGCCAAUUCCUCCGAUCUGCCACUUAAUAUUGAGUGCUUCAUGAAUGACAUUGAUGUUACUGGAAAACUGAACAGAGGUCAGUUUGAAGAGAUGUGUGCUGACAUUCUGGCUCGAGUAGAGGCUCCUCUUCGCAGUAUAAUGGAACAAGCAAAUUUGAAGAAUGAGGAUAUCUGCGCUGUGGAAAUUGUGGGCGGUGCUUCCAGAAUACCAGCAGUUAAGGAGCGAAUCAGCAAAUUCUUUGGGAAGGAACUGAGCAUGACCCUGAAUGCAGAUGAGGCUGUGGCCAGAGGAUGUGCCCUUCAGUGUGCUAUCUUGUCUCCUGCCUUCAAAGUCCGAGAGUUUUCCAUAACUGAUGUUGUUCCUUACCCAAUCUCUCUGAAAUGGAACUCUGCAGCAGAGGAUGGCAUAAGUGACUGUGAGGUGUUCCCAAAGAACCACGCAGCUCCGUUUUCCAAAGUGCUAACAUUCUACCGGAGAGAACCGUUCUCCUUGGAGGCGUACUACAACAGUCCUACAGACCUGCCCUACCCAGAUCCCACAAUAGGACAGUACAUGAUCCAGAAGGUGGUCCCCCAGGCCACGGGCGAGAGUUCUAAAGUAAAAGUAAAGGUGAGGAUUAACAUCCAUGGGAUCUUCAGUGUGUCCAGUGCCUCACUAGUGGAGUUGCAGAAGCCUGAAGAGGGGGAGGAGCCUAUGGAUACAGAGCAGACUUCAUCACCGACUGCAGAGAAGGAGGAAGAGAACAAGAUGCAGGUGGAUGAAGAUCAGCAGAAGUCUCCAGAUGAUGGACAGAAGGAAAAUGGAGAGAAAAAAUCAGAAUCUGAUGAAAUGGAGACAUCAGAAGAAGGCAAACAAGAGAAGAAGACUGAUCAGCCGCCACAAGCUAAAAAGCCUAAAGUCAAGACAAAAGUGCUGGAGCUGCCCAUUGAAAACAAUCCGCAGUGGCAGCUGGCGAUCGAGAUGCUUAAUCUGUUUGUGGAGAACGAGGGAAAGAUGAUCAUGCAGGACAAGCUUGAAAAAGAGCGCAAUGAUGCCAAGAACAACGUGGAGGAGUAUGUGUACGAUAUGAGGGACAAACUGCACGGCAUGUUUGAGAAGUUCAUCACUGAAAGUGACAGAGACACAUUCUCAUUAAAACUGGAGGACACAGAGAACUGGCUGUAUGAAGACGGAGAGGACCAACCUAAGCAAGUGUACAUUGACAGGCUGGCUGAUUUAAAGAAACUGGGCCAACCUGUUCAGGACCGAUACUCAGAGUAUGAGGAGCGACCAAAGGCUUUUGAGGAGCUGGGGAAACAGCUUCAGCAGUACAUGAAAAUUGUGGAGGCCUUUAAAAUGAAGGACGAGCCGUAUGAUCAUUUGGACGAGGCGGAGGUGCAGAAAGUGGAUAAGAUGGUGGGUGAGGUUAUGAUAUGGAUGAACAGCAAGAUGAAUCAGCAGAGUAAGCAGAGUCUGAAUGUGGAUCCAGUGGUGAAAGCUGCAGAGAUUAUAGCGAAAACAAGGGAGCUGUUCUCCACUUGCAACCCCAUCGUGACCAAACCCAAGCCAAAAGUGGAGCUGCCAAAAGACGAAAAACCAGCAGAACAGAAUGGACCAGUCAACGGGCAGGAGAGCACUGAAGCCGAGGCUGGGGCCAACGAGAAAGUGCCUGCCGAAGGCACCAACUCCAAACCAGAAAUGGACCUUGAUUAAGUUGGCUGUGUCCUCCUGUCUUACCCACCCCUCGCCGCUCAAAUCAUUCCAUCUCCCCUGCCAUGAGGUUGUUUCGACAGUCAGAAUGAUUAGUGGCUACAUGGUGCAUGUUCAUCCUUUUUGUUAAAAAUGAUUAAAUAAAUAAACCGAAAGCGUAAUGCAAUAAGAGUGCUCUUUGACAUCAAAUGCUGUGUGCGCACAUGGUUGAGUAUAUGUGGUGUACUGCGAAAUAUUUGAAUCUGUGGCAACUGUUGGGUUUUAAUAAAUAUUAAGUUUAAAGUGUGA